GCCCUUUCUCUGCUAGCAUAGACUCCCUUCUAUCUUUUAUCCCGAUUUGCACCUGUACUUUUCUUCAGUGCAAUCUCCUUCAGAUACAUACAAAACUAUCAUUUUUCCAUGACACCUGAACUAACAAACGGGGUUCAUAGUGACAAAUCACACCCCAGGAGCAAUGGUUCAUUGAGCGCCGAGAAGGACCAUGUUCUGGACCGACUCAAUGACCACUAUGACCGCGACAUCCUGGAUUUUGUCCGCUAUUACGGCUGCUGCCCAGAGGCGCAGUGUGCGCAUGUCCUCGACCUCGACAUUGACACAAUAACUAUUGAGUGGUCGUGGAAAAACGGCGACGUGACUUGCAAGGAAACGCGCAAGUUUGACAUUAACAAGCAGUGGGGUCCAGCGACUACCAUGCGCCGAGUCAUGGAUAUGGCACAUGAUGCACACCGUGCACUGCUGAUGCGACGUGUGCGUGAACUGAGCUCUAAGGAUGAACGUACACCAAUUGUGUUCAAGCUACCACCCAUGCCUAUCGUUGUAGCCACCAUCGGUGGAUUUCUGGCUCUGUGGUAUUUCGCAUACACCAACCAGCAGAACCUGGUCACUCUGUGGGUUUACUGGGUGCUGCCACAAAGGCUUUUCCGCUUCAUGCUCGGGUCACUGAUCUUGGUGCACAGCGCCGAGGCCAUCGUUAUGUUCCUAGCUUGUCGCAGAUACAGGCGCCGCGAGCCGCAUACGAUGAGACUGAGCACACAGCUGCAGUAUACAUUUAGCACGCUUGUGUUUGGGUUAUUUUCAGGUAUUCAGUUCACACGCCAGGCAUUCAAGCAUUCGGACCUAGCCAUGUCUGUGCAGCUGGGUGUUGAGGAGGCAGCAAGUCAGGUCCGCUAAUAGCCUCUAUUGAAGUUCACACAUAAGCUUAAUUUCGAACAGAAUAAAAGCUGUGUUCAGCUGAAACGGUCUGCGAUUUAUG